AGACUUGUCGUUAUGGCUUGAUAAAUUUCUCCAGCCCAGUUCCUCAUCAACUGUUGUGUGAAUCGUGCAAAAAUGUUUAAAAUAUUCGCGUUGUUUUUGAUGUGUUCGAUCGUAAAUGCUGACUUACUGCUACAACAAAGGCGGAAGGGAGCCACAUUGAAACCUUUGUCAGCCUGCUGUGAUAUUCCGGAGUUAGGAGACUCUAAGCAUUUAGCUGAAUGCUCAAAUCCUAAACUGCCUGGACCAUGCAACGACGUCCAAUGCGUCUUUGAAAAGUCAGGCUUCCUCAUCGAUAAAAACACUCUCAACAAAGAAGCGUACCGCGCUCAUCUGAAGAAAUGGUCGGAGGCACACAGCGGCUGGUCGCAAGCCGUCGACCGAGCUAUAGCCGACUGCGUGGACAAGGACUUAAGGCAGUAUCUUGACUACUCCUGUAAGGCGUAUGACGUCUUCACUUGCACUGGCAUCGCUAUGUUGAAGAAAUGUCCGGAAUCAGCUUGGAAAUGCUAAACAAAGACACAUUCCUAGAUAAGAGUAUUUGUCAACAUCAACAGUAGGUAGUCAAAAUGUCCGUCGAAAUUAUUUAAAAUUCUAAAUUAAUAAAUCUAAAUAUUCUU